AUGGGCGGCGCUCUUCCUGCACGACCCGAACCCCCCAAAUAUGCAACAUUUGAAGUGGGCAAAAAUGGCCUCGCGGUCGAUCCGCCAAAGACUAUCUCAGAAGAUGCAUUACCGCCUAUGCCGACAUGGGAAAAUUCGAGCAAAGUACAUGUAAAUGAUGAUGAGAAAGGUGAUAUGGGCAUGGAAUUGAAGGAGCUAGAUCCUGUCACGGGACAGAAGAUGCCAUUGAUGAACGGAGGUGUCGCCAAUAGUCAUCCCAAUAGCCCAGCGGUUGGACCAGGGGAAAGCCCUUAUGGAAGACAACCUCAGGGUAUGAACAAUGGGUUUAUGAAUUCACAGGAUCCAUAUAACCAAAGUCAAGUCAAUUUAGGAGGAAAUGGAAUGGGCAGAGGAUAUGGCCUAGGAGGAACGCCGAAUCCAGGAAUGCCCAUUGAUCCGCUCAUAGGCUAUAGAGGAACGCCGCCUCCAAUGGGCCCGGGUAAUCAACAAGAUGGGAUGGGAUACAGAGGGACACCAGGACCUGGAUCAGCAAUCGGAAUGGGAAAUGCAGGUAUGGGAUAUAGAGGAACGCCUCCACCUGGUGGUCGAGGAUAUCGCGGUGCACCUUCACCGGGCCCAGGAAUGAAUCGUGGGCCAGGGCAAUUUAGGGGUGGACCCUCUCCAGCACCAAGCCGAGGAUAUGGAGGACCACCUCAGAAUCAAGACUUUGAACCAACUAUGCCACAAGAAUUUAUUUCCAGUGGCGGUUUCAAUGAUUCUCCAGUCUCGGCAUACGGUCAAGCAGAACCAAUGUACGAUAAUCGACCAUACCCAGCCCAACCAUCACGUCAGUUUUCCAACGAUUCCUCGAGGCCAUUGAACCAAGGAAGAUCAUACACCAACAACACUGAGCAGUCGUAUCAAUCCUAUCAAUCAGAUGAUUCCUCCAAUGGACCUGGACCAAAUGGACCGAAUAGAAUGAUGUCACCGGGCCCGCAGGUGGGAGGUUAUGGUGGUCCGCAACAAAGAGGAUUUAACAAUCAUUCACCUGCACCACCACUGCAACAACAAUCUGUGUUUGGACAGGGACAGGAUAAUUACGACCGCGGGGCGCAGAGGAGUAUGACAAGAAGUCCCCCACAGCAGCCAGAGGCAUCAGUGUAUCCGGGAUACAAACCUUAUGCUCCACCAGAGCCGGAGGCACCAGCAUAUCCAGGAUACAAACCCUACACACCAGCUCCUAGAUAG